AUGCUUCCCUCCAACAUCCACGUCUCCUCCCAUCCCUGUCUCCAGGCCAAAGUCUCACAGCUUCGGUCGCAGUCCACCUCCACUCGCGAGACUCGCAGUCUGGUGCAUGAGAUAGCGACCAUCUUGGGCGUGGAAGCCCUUGCCGCCGGGUUAACGACAGCCAGCAGUGGAAAGGAUAAAACCCCCUUAGGGAUCGAGUAUGAGACGCAGACCAUCGAACCAGCCAAUGUGGCCCUGGUGCCGAUUCUCCGGUCCGGACUGGGCAUGACCGACGCCAUCAACGACCUCCUCCCCACCUCCGUCCCCAUCUACCACCUCGGCCUCUUCCGCGACAAAUUCACCCUCCAGCCCGUCGAGUACUACAAUAACCUCCCCUUCCUGCGCGCCGACUCGCCCACCAACGGCUCCGCCGCCUCGCUCGCCGUCCUCCUCGACCCCAUCAUCGCAACCGGCGCCACCGCCGAGGCCGCCAUCCACCUGCUGCGCGAAUGGGGCGUCCAGCGCAUCAUCAUGCUCAGCGUGCUCGGCUCCGAGCCUGGGCUGCACCGCGCCGCCGAGUCCUGGCCCGAGGGUGUCGAGCUGUGGGUUGCCGCCGUGGAUAAGCAGUGCGAUGAGCGCGGGAUGAUCGUGCCUGGUGUAGGGGACAUUGGGGAUCGGUUGUUUAUCGCGCAUGGAAAGUAG